GCACGCCCCGUCCCGGCCUCCCCCGCGCGCCGAGCCUGGGCGGGGCGGGCAGACGCUUGCCCGGAAUCGCGAAGCCGGGAGCCUCCGGCCUUCCUGGCAGCGGGUCCUGGAGGUGCCAUGGAGCCCCGUGCAGUUGCGGAUGCCUUGGAGACGGGAGAGGAGGACGUGGUUAUGGAAGCUUUGCGCGCGUACAACCGGGAGAACUCCCAGAGUUUCACGUUUGAUGAUGCGCAACAGGAGGAUAGGAAGAGACUGGCGAAGCUGCUUGUCUCGGUCCUGGAGCAGGGCCUGCCACCCUCCCGCCGCGUUAUCUGGCUGCAGAGCAUCCGCAUCUUGUCCAGGGACCGCAGCUGCCUGGACUCCUUCACCAGUCGCCGGAGCCUGCAGGCUCUUGCCUGCUAUGCUGGCAUCUCCGCCUCCCAAGGGUCGGUCCCUGAGCCGCUGAACGUGGAUGUCGUACUCGAGUCCCUUAAGUGCCUGUGCAACCUCGUGUUAAGCAGCCCCGGGGCACAGGUCCUGGCAGCAGAGGCGGGGCUAGUGGUGAGGCUCGCAGAGCGCGUCGGACUGCACAGCCGGAGCAGCUUUCCGCACGACGUCCAGUUCUUUGACUUGCGUCUUCUGUUCUUGCUAACUGCACUCCGCACCGACGUGCGCCAGCAGCUGUUUCAGGAGCUGCAGGGAGUGCGCCUGCUGACCAGGGCGCUGGAGCUGACGUUGGGAAUGACUGAGGGCGAGAGGCACCCUGAGCUCCUGCCUCCCCAGGAGACUGAGCGAGCCAUGGAGAUCCUCAAAGUGCUCUUCAACAUCACCUUCGACUCCAUCAAGAGGGAGGUGGAUGAGGGGUGUCCAGGAGGUAGACUCUCAGUUGGCAGCAGUGGGGCCAGUGGGGCGCGCUCUCACAGGAACUCCUGUCUGUCUGGUCAGGAAGACACUGCUCUAUACCGGCACUUGGGGACCCUUCUGCGGCACUGUGUGAUGGUUGCUGCUGCUGGAGACCGCACAGAGGAGUUCCACGGCCACGCAGUGAACCUCCUGGGGAACUUGCCUGUCAAGUGUCUGGAUGUUCUCCUCACCCUGGAGCCACAUGAAGGUUCCUUGGAGUUCCUAGGAGUGAACAUGGAUGUGAUUCGUGUCCUCCUCAGCUUCAUGGAGAAGCGUCUUCAUCAGACACACAGGCUGAAGGAGAGCGUGGCCCCUGUGCUGAGCGUGCUGACGGAAUGUGCCCGCAGGCACCGCCCCGCCAGGAAGUUCCUGAAGGCCCAGGUGCUGCCCCCGCUGCGGGACGUGAGGACCCGGCCUGAGGUGGGGGAGCUGUUGCGGAACAAACUAGUUCGCCUCAUGACGCACCUGGACACUGACGUGAAGCGGGUGGCAGCCGAGUUCCUGUUUGUCCUUUGCUCCGAGAGCGUGCCCCGGUUCAUCAAGUACACGGGCUAUGGAAAUGCCGCCGGCCUCCUGGCUGCGAGGGGCCUCAUGGCAGGGGGCCGGCCCGAGGGCCAGUACUCAGAGGACGAGGACACAGACACGGACGAGUACAAGGAAGCCAAGGCCAGCAUAAACCCAGUGACUGGACGGGUCGAGGAAAAGCCUCCCAACCCCAUGGAGGGCAUGACAGAGGAGCAGAAGGAACACGAGGCCAUGAAGCUGGUGAACAUGUUUGACAAGCUUUCCAGGCACAGGGUCAUCCAGCCCAUGGGGAUGAGUCCCCGGGGCCAGCUCACAUCCCUGCAGGACGCCAUGUGUGAGACCAUGGAGGGGCAGCUCUCCUCGGACCCUGACUCGGACCCUGACUGAGAACGGACGCUCUUCUGCUCCCCUUCAGAACCGGUGCUGCUUCCAGAGGUGUCCUUGGGGCCAGGACGUGGGGAGGCCACGCCCCUCCCUCCAGCUUGGAGGCCCUUCUCUUUACGCCCCUCCCUCCAGCUUGGAGGCCCCUCUCUUUACUCCCAGAGCUCUCUUCAUGGUUUGCCUUUGGUCCAUUUGUUUCUCUGCAGACUGGGAGGCUCUCGUCCUGCUAGGACUCUGGGAACCCAGUCUUUGUUCCUGUAAAUGAAGUGGUUUCUUUUGUGUGUCUGAAUGCAAAGGUGUACAUGCGUUUGGGAGGGUGGGACUGAGCGUGGGAACAGGCAGACAGCAGGAGCACAGCCGGCGUGCUGGCCCAGAGCUGGUGUUGAGCAAGUACCGCGUUUCACAGGGCAGAGAACUUACUGGAACUUUAUAUGCUAAUGCCAGAAACACACUUCUGAUCUGCUGUUUUUGUCGCCACUGAGUGCAGAGCUGGUAGCCUCUUGUAUUUUUUGUCCUGGCUCAGUGCCCAAGUUAUCAGUGGCUCUGAAAAUCUCAAUCCUUCCUGUUGGCUUAGAUCAUUAAAUAUAUGAAGGAAAAUGUCUUUCCUGAAACCGUAAGUCUAGAUUUCGGUUGUGUACCACAGAGCUUCAUGAAAACGCCUUUUUGAAAUAAAGUCCCAGGCAAGGAUGUGUGCGUGCGCAUGCGUGCGUGUGAAUACGUGUGCAGAAUAGAAAGUAAAGGCACGUUAAGUA